CUUGCAUUCAGACGUGGACCCGUUCUGUAUUACGUCACGACGCACGUACGUGCUAUGUCAUCGCCACUGGUGCACUUCCUUCAUCCGGGUAGAGGUUUGUUGUUGCAGGUGCAUCUGUGUAUCUUCUGAGAUCUCCUCCCUCGGAAGUUAGCCAUGAUGCUCGGUUUGCGCGUGCUGCUACAGAUGUUGUGUGCACAGCUGCUCUGGGGUCGUGUGUGGGGCUCCGAGCUCACCUUCGAGCUGCCAGAUAAUGCCAAGCAAUGUUUCUACGAGGACAUCACCAUCGGGACUAAGUGCACCCUGGAGUUCCAGGUUGUUACCGGGGGCCACUACGAUGUUGACUGUCGUCUGGAGGAUCCGGAUGGUACAGUCCUGUACAAAGAAAUGAAGAAGCAGUAUGACAGUUUCACAUUCACUGCCGCCAGGAAUGGGACGUACAAGUUCUGCUUCAGCAACGAGUUCUCCACCUUCACACACAAGACUGUCUAUUUCGACUUCCAAGUCGGUGAUGAUCCUCCACUCUUCCCCAACGAAAACCGAGUGACUGCUCUAACUCAAAUGGAAUCUGCAUGCGUCUCCAUCCACGAAGCCCUGAAGUCUGUGAUCGAUUACCAGACCCAUUUCCGGCUGCGGGAGGCGCAGGGACGCAGCAGAGCAGAGGACUUGAACACCAGGGUGGCCUUCUGGUCCGUCGGGGAGGCGUUUAUCCUCCUGGUGGUCAGCAUCAGCCAGGUCGUCCUGCUCAGGAGCUUCUUUUCAGACAAGAAAACCACAACGACUCGCGUUGGAUCCUAACAUCUUCAAGUCAUUGUUAUUUUCGAUCUCUCUCGUUCUCUCUCUCUCACACACACACAAACACACACGCACACAAACACAAACAAGGGACUAAAGGCAUGCUGCCAUGGUUCAUUCUCCACUUUUAGGACUACAUAUUUAAUGUUUAUUUAAAGAUGUAUCUGUUUGGCUUUACAUCUUUUAGGCUUAUGUAUGGCAUAACAUUCAUAUACAACAAACAAACACAUUUUCAGCGGUAAGAAGCAAACCUCGUAAUUUAUUGUGUGGGUGUGCGUUUAAUUUUUACACUGCUUUCUUUCAUUUGUAGAUGUGGGAGGAGCUACUUAACACACGCUUAGCUCUGCAGAACUGUUAAUGAACUCGUGACUGUUGGGGUGUUUAGAGAUCAGCGGUAGGACUUCAGUAUUAAAUGAGUAUCAUAAAAACACUUUCAGAAACAUGUUAGAAGCACAUCGGGAUAACGUAUUUAUUCAGAGCGGAGUUCCUUUUAAUUUUUUUCAGUUUAGUUAUUUGCGUCUGGUUCGUUUUUCGUUCUGUCAUCCGCUUACUGGUGCUCUGAUGUUACUUUCUUAAAUGAGGCUUGUUUUGAAUGGCUGUAUUUUUGUCACAUAAUUAGCAGGUCUUAAAUUUCACUAACAUCACAUUAAAGACAAAAUUCAUAAGAACUAACUUAAAUUAUAGAAUCUGGAAGCGUGAUUUAGAAAGCACUGAUUUAUGUAAAAAAAAAAAAAAAGAAAAGAAAAGAAAAACAAUUGAAACAUAAUGGUGGUCACUGAUUCCAUUUGCUCACAGUUGAACUUCAGAGUACACACUCCAGGUGCUUUGGUAUCGCGUUUGAGCAGAACAUUAUAAGGUUUUUGACUGUGUAAAUACAAAGUUCCUGUGUAUCCACUGCCCUGCAGUUUCAAACGAACCUGUCCUCAGCUGUAAGGUGGUAGUCGAGUGUGUUGGGAGGACUGAAAGCUUGAAUCUGCAGGGUAGUCGGUCACAGUGACUGUAAAUGAGAAGAGAAAUUCCAACCAUAUGGCUGGAGAACUUGAUUUGUAAAACAGAUGAGUAAAUAAUCCAAUUCAAACGGAGCCGCAUACGCCAGCUGAUUUUGUCAAAUCCAAUGGGUCAACAAAAUAAAUGCACCAGUUGGAUUAAGAAAUGGUGGCUGAAUUUUUUUGAAUAUUUAGCUUGUAUGGAAAUGUACACGUUGAUGUACUUAAUACUUGGGUAUUUUGAGGUUGGAGUUUACAAUGAUUAUGAUUUGGGCUAAUAAAAAUGAUUUCCUCCUGUAGUCCUGUUGGGUUAAGUGUGGGUUAAGUAGCAGAUUUCAAUUAGUUGAUAUGGCUGUGUAAAGCAUCCUGUUCACAGUUUCUUUUUAAUUAAACUGGCUUCACAGGAACUCCAUUCUGUGUGUGCUAGCUUUGCUGUGGGUUUUCUUUUUCUUUCAUUUUCACUGUACGUUUGGUCUUCAUCAGCUCUCAGAUUAUGUAUGGAUUUGUUCAGUGUUAACAAAUUGCCCUUGUAUGUUUAAUCACAUCCAGAGGAAAAAAAAAUAGUGAGAUCUGUUAUACACAAUCAAUAAAUCUGUGAAAUACUUUUA